AUGAUCGGUGCAUUUAAAGUCAUACAAACAAUACAUGAUUCGAGAAAUCUUCAAUUAGAUCGUGAUGCUGAAUAUCAACGUCGUAUGGAUGAUAAAUUAAAUAUCGACAUAGAACGACAACAUGGUGAUAUACGUGCUACUGAACUACGUAUUCAACAAAUUUAUGACAAAUUUCUGUCAGAAACUCAAGAGACUCUUCGAAAAUCGACUGAAGACUUAACAGAAGCUGAUUUGAUAUUUUUAAGAGCAAGAACAUUGACUACAAUAGAACAAGUUGAUCCAAAACGAAAAGUGUAUCUUAUAGAGUUAUUAUAUGAUAGUCGGUUAUUAUAUGUCAGUGAAUAUGUUGGAAAUAUGAACUAUCGUUCUGUCGAUUUAGAAGGUGUCGAUCUAUCUAACUGUGAAUUUGGUCGUUCAAAUCGAGGUGAUACAAUGAAGAUGAUGAAUCUAAAUGGGAUUCGUUUAUCACGUGCUUUUUUGCGAAAUUCAUCAUUUAAACAUGUAAAUUUAACUGGAUCAACAUUCGAACAUUGUGAUUUAACAGGAACAAAUUUCACAGAUAAAGAAUUAUUUAUAAUCAAUUCAAUUUUACCCAAUGGCUCACUCGUAACCUCGUUCGAAUUCGGAAGAAAUUUAUUAAGGAAUGGUGAUGCUGAAGAAAAAUGUAAUGAAAGUCGUCUAAAUCAAACGAUGAUACCCGGAUGGGAACGUCGAGAUGUUCUCCAGUGGUUAUACAACAUGAUCGGAAGCGAAAUCGCCCAUGAUAAUCAUGGGGGUCGAUGCUUGUUUUUCGGUGGAGAACGUUAUACAUCUUUAUUUCAUAAUGCUAUCGAACAAGUUAUAGAUGUUUCUCGCUUUGUACGAUUAUUCGAUUCAUAUGAAACAAAAUUUACAGCACGUGCCGAUUUAGGUGGCAUCAAUGAUACUAAAGAUACAGCAUAUGUUGAUAUUUGGUUCAAAAGUGAUACGUCUUACAUCAGUAAUGUUCAAAUUGGUAAGUUUCGUUAA